AUGGCUGAUACUGUCCGUGGAAUCUGGCAAUCGAUUGUCCAAACCAAGAGAGUCUACCUCAACCCGCACGAGCAGUUCGGAAGAGCUAACAUCUGCCGCGCCGCUCUCGCCAGCUACGUUGGAAUUUACUUCUUGUUCAAGUGGAACCAGAACAGAAAGGUUACAAAAUAACUGCCAAACGUCAAAUCUAUGAAUCUUUUUUAGGCCGAGAUUGCCCGUGCCGAGAGAAAAGCCGCCAAGGCCGUCACUGCUGCUCCCGCUCAUCACUGA